AUGUUGAAUGUCAUAACCACCCUGACUACUGUGAUGGUCUCGACCGGAAAGAUUUUCACACGAUCGUCGCUUACAGGAAUGGAGACAACAUUGGAUCGACUUAUUACCUUCGAGAUGAGAAAUACUAUUUGCAAUGGAUGUACUUGUCUCAUGUUUGGUUCCGAGCCACAUCCGGUUACUAUUGGAACGUUUCCCGAUCGUGACUGUUCUGAAUAUCAGCAUUUCAAACUCGCCGCUGAUCGACUUCAAGGACGAUACUUUAUGGCCGUUAUUAUCAAACAUGGAAGCGCUAGUACCGUUACCACAUACCGGCCAACCGAGAAGCAGAGGCGGCGAGACUAUGACGGCAGAUUCGAUCCGGCCUCCCUAAUGGCCUUCGUAUCAACAGCAUCGUUUCCCAGCGUGGUUGACAUUUCACGAGGAUUCACAACGAAUCUUCUAUUCCGACAACCACGUAAGGUAGCCAUUCUGGUGGCUUCCCUCUCAUUCGACAACUCUUCCUAUACUAGCUUGGCUACAAGGAAAGAUGCGAGAAAAGCCGUCGUUUUCACUUUUAUGAACAGAGACCUUGAAGUGGUUGAAGAAGUCAUGAAGCAGUUUAAAUUUGAGUCUGACAAGACUCCUCAGUUACUCCUAUUGGACAAG